GGCAGAAUCACUGCCUGCCCUUGGCACAGGAACCUCUGGCUGCAGGACAAGGCUGCUGCAGCUCCUGCAGUGAUCUCCUGAAGCUGGAACAUCCCAAUGCCUACAGACUCUCCCAAUGGCCGGAGGCAGCAAAUGUCCAACAGCAGCUCCAUCAGCCACUUCCUCCUGCUGGCAUUGGCAGACACGCGGCAGCUGCAGCUCCUGCACUUCUGCCUCUUGCUGGGCAUCUCCCUGGCUGCCCUCCUGGGCAACGGCCUCAUCAUCAGCGCCGUAGCCUGCAGCCACCACCUGCACACGCCCAUGUUCUUCUUCCUGCUCAACCUGGCCCUCAGCGACCUGGGCUCCAUCUGCGCCACUGUCCCCAAAGCCAUGCACAAUUCCCUCUGGGACUCCAGGGACAUCUCCUAUAAAUUCAGAGGACAGCUGAAAGAACCAUUCCUCAAGUUUUGUUGAUGCUGAAUGUAUCCCUGUUUCUCACACUUAGGAGAUCUGAGAAUAGAGAAGAAUGAGCCCCAUUUGGGCUGACCCUGUUUGGACAACAUGCUCCUCACCUCCAGCCUCACCAUGCCUGACAUCACCAUCUGGGACUGACUUGCCAAAUAAUCUAAAAAUGUUCAUGUAAUUGAUUCUUUUAUUUUAUUCUGUUACGCAUUAUUUUUGUUAUUAUUUAAUUAUGCAUACAUUUAUCAUAUACUUUUCUAUUUAUAAUAGUAUUGAUUUUUCUUACCUCAUUUUUAUAUUUGCAUA